GAGCGCAGCCUCGCCGGUGUAAAGUGUAAAAACAUGGAGGUGACAGCUGCCCGCCGGUCGUUUCUUUGCGAUAUCGGUGAGCACCAACAAAAAUAUGUUACAAAACUCCUUAAAUGACACCAUUAAUGAGCUGUUAGCAAAUAUAUCAGUGUCCUUAUGUUGAAAUGUUGCUAACUACCUUGUGACAGUGAUAAGUGACCUACAUGUUUGUGCAAGUUUAUUAGAGGUCUGUCUGUUUUAAUGUCUUAUAGUUUAGUAAAUGCAUGGCAGAACAACUACAAGUCUUUUCUUUCUUUCUUUCUUUCUUUCUUUCUUUCUUUCUUUCUUUCUUUCAUUCAUUUUCUCAAUUUGACAAAAUCACGUGACAUUACAACAUUUCUUAUCAUACCAUGACGUAAAGAAAACAAGUACAAUAAAAAAUAUAAAUCAGAGACAGCUUUUCAGGCUGACUUUUCUACAAGAAUCAUCGGUUACUUUUGUCAUAAUUUCUAAUUGCCUUUUCCUUUUUAACAUUUUCUUGGCUUGUAAAACAUUUGUUCAGGUCUUCAGUUCAUUACUUUGACAGUUUCAUAGUUUAACAUAGUAAACAUUUCUGUUUUCCCUGUUUUAUUUUCUGUCCUUAAGGUUUCUGGGCAGACCGCACAGUCCUGCAUGAAGCAGCGUCUCACGGCAGAGCUCUGCAGUUGAAACAGCUGAUAGAGACGGGAUCAUCAGUCAACAUGGUGACGGUGGACAACAUCACGCCGCUUCACGAAGCCUGCAUUAAGGCUCAUCCGAACUGUGUGCGUCUGCUGCUGGAGGCCGGAGCUCAGGUCAGAUAAGUCAAGUAGAAAACCUGCACAAAGGCUGAAAUAAACCAGGACACCUUAUCAGAGUUAAGAGUGUGGCAAUGACGCAAAAUAAAUACUAAGUAUGUUUGUGAAGCAGACUGCUCAAAAGUGACCCAGAACUGUAGAUUCAGAGAGGGGUCAGAACAUUUGGGUAGUGCAGGUCUCUAUGGGGAUUGUGGGUUUGUGGUUAUUAACAGGUAGAAAAAGUUUUCAAGAUGGUUGGAGACACAAUUAGAAAUCGAAACGCAGAAAUGGAAGUAUGUUCAUUUCUACUGUUCACCUUGAGGGAUUAUGUUUCAGCCUUUAUCAUUUCUUCACUGCAGUUUACAAACUCUACGUCCUUAUUAGUCAUAUAGACUCCAGAAUACAGAGAGCGCGUGGCUCAGGUGGUAUAACAAGAGAAGCAAGCGGUCGGCAACAUUCAUCUCUUGAGGGGAUGUCUAACUCUGUGUUACGGUGUUUUUGACCCUAAAUUAAUUAUACGACGGAAUAUCCCUUUAAAUAGUCUGUGUGUCUCCCAGGUGGAUGUGCGGACCAUCCACGGCAGCACUCCUCUGUGUAACGCCUGUGCUUCUGGAAGUCUCGAAUGUGCGCGGCUGCUUUUAGAGUACGGAGCCAAAGUGAAUCCUUCACUCACAGCUCUCACAGCCUCACCUCUCCAUGAAGCCUGCAUACAAGGUAAAAAACCCUGAUCACCAGUGAAACACCAUAAUUUACUCCAUCACUUUAUUCUGAACUUCUUAUUAAUAACCCUGAAGAGUGAUGUCUCUUCACAGCUCUGUGACAACAGCGUCCAACUUUCUUAUCCCUCAUAUCGUGGAGGAGGUGAACUGGCUUUAGGCAACUGUUAUUCAAGUUUUCUUCUCUAAAGCCUAAAAGGAUUUAAAAUAAACUUUAACAUGUAAACAGGAUGAUAAUGUCUGAUUUGUAGCUUUUUUGUUUUAAAAAUAGUUUCCAAAAAUAGCUCCAGGGCCUCUUAAACCCGCGUUUAACAAACACUCUCAGUUCUCCUCGUUGCUUAUUUUGUGUGUUUCUGACAUUUCCUCUUAGGUAAUGUUGAAGUGGUGAAGCUAAUGAUAGCCAGCGGAGCUCAGCUGGAGGCGUAUGACGUCCACUUUGGUCCCCCGCUGCACAUCGCCUGUGCGAAAGAACACGUGGACUGUGUGAAGGAGCUGCUGAUUUCAGGUCAGCAACAAGACUGCAGGUCAGGAAGAGACUCAAAGAAAAUAUCCACCUUUAAAGGACAGAGAGAGAGAGAGUAUUAGAGAUGUUUAAAGUGUAGGAGCUGUUUGACUGUCAGAGUGUUGAAACUAAGAAAUGUCUCAGAUCAUUGAAAGCUCAGGCAAACUGUCAGGAAACUGGGAGUGGUGAAUUCGGCUUCCCGUCUCUCAUAGGAUUGACUUUGAACUUUUAAACGGCCUCGCCUCCAUCUGUUUGACUGAGCUUUAAACCAUUCAGGAGCCGGUUAGAGCUCUGAGGUCGUCAAACCAACUUCUGCUGGAGGUGUCCCGGUCAAAACACAAACGCUGGGGUGACCAUGUCUUUCAGUCGCUGGUAUGAGGCUCUGAAAUAAACUCCCCACCGAAAUGAGACUUAUUUCCAACCUGGUCCUAUUUAAAUCCCAAUUGAAAAUGUACUUAUUUAAGCUGGCUUUUAAUACCCAGUAGCUAAUGACAACUUAAUUUAUUGCAUUGAAUUUUAUUCUUCUUUUAUUGCUUUUAUUGUUUUUAUUGCUUUUUAUUGUCUUAAUUUUUUCAUUUUUAUAUUCUAUUUAUUUAAUUUUAUUGUUUUUAUUGCUUUUAUUUUAUUGUCUUUAUUUAUUAGUUUUUAUUUUCUAAUUAUUUUAUUUUAUUCUUUUUUUGCUUUUAUUGUUUUUAUUGUUUUAAUUGCUUUUUAUUGUCUUUAUUUAUUCAUUUUUUUUCUUAUUAUUUUAUUUUAUCUUUUUGUUGCUUUUUUAUAGUCUUAAUUUUUUCAUUUUUGUUUUCUUAUUAUUUUAUUUUUUUAUUUUUAUUGUUUUUAUUGUCUUUAUUUAUUUGGUUUUAUUUCUAAUUAUUUUAUUUUAUUCUUUUUUUAUUGCUUUUGUUGUUUUUAUUCAUUCAUUUUUAUUUUUGUAUCAUCGGGUUGUUGUAAAGGGCUGUAUUAAUAAAGAACAUUUACAUUUACAUUAACAUUUACUACUGCUGCACCACCGUAUUUGAAAUAUUUGAUUUACAAAAAUCACUGAAGUGCUUUUAGUCUUAAAGCUCCAAAUGCAACAACAUCAGGAUGAAUUUAGAUAAGAGGUUAGAGUCGGAGGGGACACAAACUUUAAGUCAAACAGGUUUAAUCACAUCUGAACUCUCUCCAGGUGCCAAAGUGAAUUCGGUGAAGUUCCAUGAGACGGCUCUGCACCACGCCGCCCGAGUCAACAUGGUGGACAUGAUCGAGCUGCUGGUGGAGUUUGGAGCCAACAUUUACGCCAGCGAUAACCUCGGGAAAAAACCUGUGGACUACGCCGCCCCGGCGUCUCCUGCUUACAGCUGCCUCACAUGUUACGAAAGUGAGUUCACGCAUUGACGUUUCUCUCUGUCCUCUUUGCUUCUGAAUCAAAUUAACUUUAGUUCUUUGUCUGCAGGUAAUCCUCUGAGUCUGCAGCAGCUCUGCAGAAUCACAGUGAGGAAGUAUCUCAGUACCAGAGCCUCAGAGGUCAUAGGUCAGCUGGACAUUUCUCAGCGUAUCCGAAACUACCUGCAAUACUGUGUUCGACCCUCGUCCUUAUAGUGACACGUGAAUGAAGAUCGAAAACUGUGUUAGAGAUUCUUUAUUUGAACAAAAAGUCACAAGAAGGGAGGAUUGUGUGCAAAGUUGAUGCUUAUUGUUUAAAUUAAGAUUACACACUGUACGUCUUAAACAAAUGUCAUGAGAGGCAGGCAUAUUUAUUUAUUUUAUUCAUCUGUUUUAUUUUAUUAAAGUCAUUUUCCAUGUACACCACAUGUCCAUAUGAGAGAUAUCGCUGUUUGACGAUCUAUUUAAAAGGUUUUCAUUCACAUGCUGUUUAUUUACUGACCUUUGGUUUCUGAAAAAGAGGAUUUUUUGUCAAUAAAUGCACUGAUAAUGUAAAAAA